GGUCUGAGUGAAUAUAAGAGAAGCUUCAGAUGGACAACACCAGAGUUUGGUAGCACAUCCCAACAGCAGAAAUCCUUGCGGGCAGGACUUCGGUCAGAUCAGUUUGGAAUUGCAGGAGAACCAAACUUCAUUUCCAAGAGAAGAGUACCUUACCAUCAUCCACAGAUUUCAAAGUCCUUUGAAUGGGCAGCAGAUUGUGAUUUGAAUGAUCUGCCUGAAACCAAAGCUGCAGAGUUGCACACAGAUCACAACAACAAUGAUGUGAAUCAGGAAAAAAUUGAAAUGCCAGAAGGACCCAGACCGUCCCCAGAAGUUAGGUUGCAGUUGGCAGAUUCUAGCGGAGAAACAGCUCUUGGCCUUACAGAGAACAGCAUGAAGAAAUCACCCUCUAAAGCUCCAGCAAAUCAGAAUGAAGCAGUUUCAUCUCCAAAAAAGGAGUUAAAAGAAAUGAGUAACGGGCUUCACAGAGACCUUCAGAGGAAAGCAGACAUGAAUAUUUCGCAUUUAAAUGCUUCCCCCAGAAAUUCUAAAGAUCAAAGCCAAUUUGUUGGGAAGAGUCCUCAUGAAAAGUCACCGAUACUUGCAGCUGAAGAGGUUAUUGGCAACACAAGGAAAUCCAUACCUCCAUUUAAAUCUCCUGCAAUUACUUCUGAAACUGCAAAUGAGAGAAAUUUCAAAGAGUCUCCUCCUGUUAAGGGUCCACAAGAGAGACAUGGUUCAGAAGAGAAAGAAUUUCCG